UUUUUCUGUAUUGUUGUGGUUGUGGGUUUAAGGUUUUUUCAACAGUUUGUGAUUGAAGUUAAUCUUGCUCGUGUUUGGUUGUUAAGGAUUGGAUUUUUUUUGUAUGGGUUUGCGAUUCUUUGUUUAGAGGAUGAGAAUCAAGAUAAAUUGAUAUUGGGAUAUGUAAAAUUGUGUGUCAUCGUUCUGAAUUUCUGCUUAUUCCAAUGGGGGAUUGUUGAUAUGAAAAAUAGAGAAGCUAUGACAUAUGUUUUCAGAGAUUGACGCGGGAUUGUGAUCGAACUUGUUAGUGUUCAUGCGGCUCAUGUAAUAUCCUUUGUCCAUUUGAUAAGAGGAUCAUGGAUGGUGAUAUAUGGUUGCUGAGUUCUCUCCAGUGCUCAAACCAUUUGCAAUCUUUGAUAACUUAUAAGGAACUUUAUAUUACGCAGUCGAGUGCAGCUAGGGAGGGUUUAUUGAAUUUUCGAACAUUAAAAACAGGGGUGGACGCAUAUAACAUGCUUAGUGGGCUAUAUUUUCUACAUUUUGAGCCCCCCUGGUUAAGAUGCUGGUUUAUUGUCGGUCGAGACUUAUCCUUGUUGAAGUUGGAUCGUCUGGUCAUCUAUGUGGGUAGUUAUCAUAAUGAAUUGAAGCUUUAUCUCGUAGUGCUUGCAUGAUUCUAGAAAGACGGCUAUAUUUGGUGAUAUGUUGGGUAUGUGCUUCUGAUCUUAUUCCUAUGUUCUAGAACAUUCUUUUUCCAUGGCAUCAUAUGUACAAGACCAUGGAUUCACGUACGCAAGCUAAGCUUUGAGCAUCACUUGAGUAGUGAACUUAAACUCAGGGUAUCUUUAUUUUCGAAGAGAAAAUUCAAAGAUGCGCUUUGUUCCAUUCAGGCUUUGAGAAAGGAUGAUAUCAGCAAAAAGGCCAGGCUUAACUAACUCAUCGAUCUACACAAGAUACUCUUUUCGGGAAACAUCUUGUCAAACUUCAGCAAAACCCUCUAGAAAUUUUAUGAGAAUUAUGUAUGAUCUAGAUCCCGAUGUUGUACGAUGGGGUCUUCACCUCAUAGAUGUUUGCUCAUUAGGAAACAAUGGCUCUCCACCAGCUGUGACAUGUUAUGUGGAGGACAAAUCGACGACUGAUACAUUGAAGGUGGGCUUUUGUACUACAGUGGAAUCUGUAGUGGAGAAUGAUAAGGCAAUUGCUCAAGCUCUUCAGGAAGAGUUGUCAAGACUUGAUGCUGCACCUGGAGGAUCUGUAUCUUCUGGAGAACAACAUCAGAAAGAAUCGAUUCUUGCUCAGAAUUGGCUCGGACCUUCAGGAAGGCACUUCAGCUCUGAGUGGCAGGAUACCUUACCGGAGAUUGAAAAUGAUUCAGUUAUCGAUGGUGAAUUGGGGAAAAGGCUGAACCAGUUGGUUCCAAUUCCUCAUGUUCCUAAAAUCAACGGUGAGAUACCCUCCGUUGAUGAAGCUACGUCAGACCAUCAAAGGCUUUUGGAUAGAUUGCAAUUAUAUGAGUUGGUUGAACUCAAGAUUUCAGGAGACGGAAACUGUCAGUUCCGUUCGUUAUCUGAUCAAAUAUAUCGGACCUCAGAGUGUCACAAAUUUGUAAGAGAACAAGUAGUCAACCAGCUGAAGUUACGACCGGACUUGUAUGAAAAUUAUGUCCCAAUGGCUUAUGGUGAUUACAUAAAGAAAAUGAGCAAGAACGGGGAAUGGGGUGAUCACGUCACAUUGCAGGCUGCUGCAGAUUGGUUUGGAAUAAAAAUGUUCGUCGUUACAUCAUUUAAGGAUACAUGCUACAUCGAGAUCCUUCCACAAACUGAACAGAAGUCUAAUAGAACUAUAUUCUUGAGCUUCUGGGCUGAGGUCCACUAUAACUCGAUAUAUCCAUUAGGAGAAUUGCCUGAGAUAGAGAGCAAGAAAAAGAAGCGAUGGUGGUGGUGAAUGGUGAUCGUUUUUAGCAUGCAGACACGCAGUCUUCGACUCCCCCUUCUUUAGCUGCUGCGUCUCUGCUUUAGCUGUGUAUAGCAAUUUUGAUGGCACAUUUGAUUCUCUAUUCUUUCAUUGUUACUUGGUAGUGUAGAUAUGUAUCAUCAUUUUAGAUUGUAAUUAGAUUUUUAGGAAUCCUUUUUCUCUUGAUUGAGGUUUCCAUCUGUAUAGAAAUAAAUCUUCACGCAGAUAUGCGUGUUUGUCUCA